GAGGCCAACCCACAAGGAUUUUUUUUUUUCUGUCACGGAGAAGUGAAGCGUAUGGACGGGGUGUGGAGCUGCAUGCGGGUCAAAGGCGCACAAAAACAUGGGGAAAUAUUUACUUUUGCUGGUUCUCUUGCUCUGUUUAAAUGGAACGCUUCAGAAGGAAGGCAAAGAGAAGUUAAGAAUCCAAGAGCAGAACAACACAAAUGAAGUAGCGGUUCCCAGAACUUUCAAAGGACAACUAUUGGCGCAGAAGCGUUUCAUCUCUUCGAACGGGACGCACCGUCCCAUCCCCUCACCUCCCACGCUCCGGUUGCUAAGCAACAGCAGCGGGGGGUACCUGAACAGCCCGCUGAGCACCAAGAUCCUCCCCGCCGUCUACAUGCUGGUCGUGAUGGUGGGGGUCCCAGCUAAUGUGGCCAUCCUAAGCGCCUUGGCCACUAAGGUGCGAGUGGUCUCGUCGGCCAUCCUCUACAGCAGCCUAGCGGCUUCCGACCUUCUCCUGCUGGUCUCCCUUUUCUUCAAGGCCCACUACCAUCUCCAUGGUAACCACUGGGUGCUAGGAGAAGCCGCCUGCCGGGCGGUCACGGCUUGUUUCUAUGGCAACCUCUGCUGCUCGGCACACACGCUGGCCUGCAUCAGCGUCCAGCGCUACCUGGCCGUGGUGCACCCCUUCACGUACAAGCGUCUCCCCAAGCGCUUCUACGCCGCCUUGACCGCGGCGACCGUCUGGGGGGUGUUCGCCGCCGCCGUCCUGCCACAUCUGCUGGUGCAGCAGAGCUUUUGGAUCCCAGAGCUGGGCCGCAUCACCUGCCACGACGUGCUGCCACUGGAUGUGGGCUCUCACGUCUUCUUUCUCCACUACAACCUCUUCUUGACUCUGGCGGGACUCUUGGGCCCACUGGUGGUAACGGUUCUGUGCUACGGUCAGAUCAUGUGCGAGCUGCAGCGGUCGCAUCUGGACUGGGCUGCCUACAUGAAGGCCAGUUCUCUGGUGUUUGCCAUCUUCUUGGUAUGCUUCACACCAGCCGGGGUGGUGCACUUCCUCCAUUACGUGCAGCUUUUUGUGGACGGCACAGACGGUUCCUACGUGGUCUUCAACGUGGCUGUUUGUCUGUGCUGCAUACAUGCCUGUUUGGACCCCUUUCUAUUUCUUCUUCUGUCCAAAUCUACUGUAAGCAAAUUGUAUUACAUCCCUUCUAAGCCAAGAAGCCUUAGCAUGUCCUUUUGAGAAACUGAACUUAUCAACAACUUUUUACGGUUUGUUGUUUCCGAGUGUUUUUCAACGUUAUUGCUGUUGGACAUUUUCCAACUAAAAAUGUGAAAAUAUGCAAUGUGAUUCCGAUUUCGUAUGUAUGAGCGGGACCUUCAUACAAAUUAAUCAAAUGUACGCUUUAUGUUGAUAAAUACAAUGCGUGAAUAAAAAAGUUUGUUUCACCUAGAGUAAA